AGAAGCGGAGAAGCGAGGUGGAGUGCCUUGGGUUCACUUCGUCCAGCGCAAACGGCGGCAGCUGAGCCGAAACACACACCGCACUCUCACACACAGCCACAGAGAGGAGGCAAGGCACACACCGACAGCCGCCUCUGCCUCGUGGCUCGCUCGCAUUUUCGUCACUGCACCCGCCAACGAAACGUGGCUCCAUCCGGUUCCUGCGCGCCAGAAGAGCACUCCCGAUAUUGGAUCAGCUGAAAGAUUGCCGCUGCUGGUGGAACGACGAGACGAGAGAGUGCUGAUCUACGCAGGCAGGCAGGCAAGCAGCCAGCGAAAACGAGCGGGCGUCGUCUCACGAGUCAAGCAAGCUGCUUCGAUCAUUUCUUGGCGACUCACCCCUCCCCUCACGCGGCCGCGACUUUCGUGGCUGAACCAACAACGAUGACCAAUCUCGGCGCUGGGCCAGGGCAAGCAGCAGCAGCGGCGGCGGCAGACCAGCACCCAGCAGCUCUUGGAGGUUGCAGCGACUGGGCUCGAAGCGCGUGCCUCCUGCGUCUGUCAUGAAAUCAAAUUUAGCCUCCAUCCAUGGCGCCAAGAAGGAAAGAAAGUUAUCGACUCCAACCAUCAUCCACCCUGUCCGGCAGCCGGCUCCCGGCGCUGCCCCCUGCCUGCCCCCCGUGCCGCCCAGGAACCUGGCCAAAGGCUCGCCGCCUCCGGCGCCCGCGCCGACCGACACUACACCGCCCCCGUCCGCCACGGCCCCCGAGGUCAGGUAUCCCUUCGGCAUCCAGAACGACUUUGGACAGGUGAUCCUCGGCUCAGGUUCAAAGGAGUUGGAUCGGCAGGAGCGACCGACAAACCACCACUUACUUCAUGAACUGGGGCCGACGUCGGCCUCGGCCUCGUCAUGCCUCGCCAACACACCAACCUCCCCACCCUUGACCCCGGGUCCUCCCGCACGACCUCAGAGCCGAAGAGAUCUCAGCCCAUCAAGACUGUCUUUCCAAUCUGCAAGUUUACAAUGCAGCCUCGCAUCCUCCGCCACAGACUUGAGUCUGGAAGCAACUCAACUGGAAAGAGCAAUUCGUACAAACGAUACUCUACGGGUCAAAAGAUUUCUUGAUGUUCAUCACGACAAGUUCCAGGUUAAUUUGCACGGCAGCAUUUUGGACAAGUCUUCCAGCGAGACGCAGAGUCAGGAUGUGGAGAUUUUGUUGAGAAAAUCAAAGACCCUUAUAGAUAGGUUAGACGCGAAUGGAGAUGAUCGCGAGCCGGAAGUUCCUUCAAUAUUCAUCAACGCGCUGCACGUGGCCGUGAUGCACGGCGCCGUGGACGUGGUGCGGCUGCUGCUCAAGUACGGCCUCGAGCCGGACCAACAGGGCUCCAAGCCGGGCGGCGAGGGCCUGUUCGGCCGGCUGAGCGACUCGGCGGGCAACCCGAACGUGCUGACGCCGGAGAGCGGCCAGCCGAGUCCGUUCAAGAAGCGGAAGGCGCACAUCAGCAAGUCGCUUCCGCGGCAGCGCUCCUUCUCGCUCGACAGCGAAGUCGACCUCAGCCAGACGCAGCGCUUCCUCAACGAGCGGCGCAGCGUGUCGGUCAAGUCGAGCCCCAACAUCUCGCAGCCGCCCUCCGUGGUGCAAGAAGUUUCCGCCGGCCCGCCCUCGCCCUGCCUCUCGCCGGACAACGAAAACCUGCUCAGACCGGUGGAGAGGAGCAUUUUCGCCGAGCUCAGGCGCUCCAGCGAGAUCUUCAAGAGCAUCCUGCUCAACCUCUCCACCAGGGAUACGAACGUUUCGGGCGCGCCGACCACCAACGAGCCUGGCAUCGCCAAAUACUGCCGCACUGGCAAGGAGAGCGGAGGUUCGAGCAAGGGGUCAGCCUCACCGGUGGAGAGCAGCAUCGCCGUGGACCUGGCCGGCCUGCUGGCCGCACACGAGCAGCGUCGGCUGGCCGCCUACCAGCACGACGCCACCGGUGGCCACCAGCGCAACCACGUGCACCACGGCGGGCCGCACGCCGCCGACGCCAGCUACACGUCCGAGUCUUCCGUCUGCUCGUCGGACACGGACGACCUUAACGGCGGCGUGACCAACCUGCACGUCGACAUCUCGUCGUCCGACGAGCACGCGAGUCUGCUGCGGCUCAACCCUCUGCUCACCAACGACAAGACCGAGUGUCUGCACGCGCACGUUUACACCAAGCACUACCUGUUCUCGCUGCCGACUUUGUUCCUCGCGUGCGUCAAGGGCCACGCCAGUCUCGUCUCGCUGCUGCUCAAGUAUGGUGCCAACGCCAACACGCAGGAUGGCUACGGCAACACGCCGCUCCACAUCUGCCUCUGCCAGGCCAACAUCCCCUGGGAGUGCGUGCUCGACCUGCUGGAGCACGGCGCGCAAAUAUCAAUCUACAACCGAUCUGGCCUGACGCCGUACGACCUGGCGCCGAGCAGCCUCGCCAAGCUGCAGCACCAGAUGCUGUUGGACUGCUGGUCCGCGUUCCGCAUCACCAGUGCGCCGGCGCCGACGGUGCUGCCGGCCGACACGCAGGCGCAGACGCAGACGGACAGCUCUCCGCUGCAGGCGACUGCGCAGGCCAGCGCCAGUCAAACGAGUGCGCCUGCGCAGACGACCGUCUCCAAGCCGCAGGGCAUCUUGCGGCGCAUCCACGAAGGUCUCAAGGCCAGGACCGACUCUGAGGAGGUCAGCUCCGCAUCUGCAGAGGUGCUGCCCGGCAUUUCCACCGCUGGAUCGGUCAAGAGCAAAGGCAGCAACCCAGAGAUUUCAAUUUCAAAGGAUAAUCACGACGGUAUCAGCAAGCAAGAUUCCAGGAAGAUAGCGCGACGAAAAGCUAUGAAAGAGAAGCAUGACCAGAAUUCGCAAGGAGAGCGGCAUACUGCACUUGAGGCUGAGCGCAGCUUCCAAGUACUGCUACGCAUGGCAGGCAAUCCCGAGUGCCUUGGAUAUGUGUUACGAGGGCUUCUUGCUCACAUCCCCCAUUUGCUUCGCCUGCUGCAGGGUGUCAGCGACACUGCGCUACACCGAGCCACUUCUGCCCUUUUGCACAAUGUCCUCAAGACGGCGGUUGAGACCUACGGCAUCAAAGCGUCAAACAGCGAUGCUGCCGCACGCCGCGAGCUCAGCGGCUGUCUGUGUCUCGUGCUGCGGGUAUGCCUCAGCCUCAUCCACGGGGUGCACGAUCUGCAGUACACGGCCAUGGUCACCAUCAACAAGGUCAUCGACGCGUGUGUCAUUCACAGACUGGCCGACGUCAAGGUGCAAACAUCGCAAGCACUCAGGCAUCCGUGCAGCUACUGCGACCAACAAGAAAACGAAGGUCUUCCGCGCGGGAAGCAGCGCUCGGAAAAUCGUCCUCCGCCCGCGAAACGACUGGGUUCGGUUUGGCGACAAACGACCACUGAAGUGCCUGACGCUGCUCGCAAACCAGAAGAGUUAGCCAAAGAAGAAAGUGUGUUAGAUGUGUUGUCAAGUGUUCACGCGCUGUCCGUUCUCAACAUUCUUCACAACGCGCUGACGUUAUACAAGAGAGUCGUCGGCAGCAAGCAGCAAUGCACACCUAGCCAGAGGUGGAGGCAUUGCAGUUACCACUGUCUGCAGCUACUCGCGGCAAGGGCGUUGCUGUUCAUGAGCAAAAGUUCCUCAGUGCAAGACCAACUUGUUCAAGAUCCGCAGCUGAGAAUUUUGAUUGCGGCUCUGGACUCCACACAUGACCCUCAACUGUUGGUGCUGGUGCUACAAAUCGUGGCCAUCCUGGCGCUCGAGCCGAAAAACCACAAGCCGCUGUGCGAGAUGGGCCUGCCGGACGCGCUGAGCCAGCUCCUGCUGCCUUCGGACGAGUGGUACUACACGAACCACAGCACCAAGUACGCUCGCUACGUCAAACACCACGCGGCCCGGACGCUCGUCUACCUGGGCCUGCAGCACCGAGUCAAUUUGCGCAUCAGCGUCUACGACAUUUUGCAAGAAGAGGCUCCUCCACCGACGCCGCUGCUGGAGAGCGUCGAGGACAACUACAUCGCGCAAACCUCGUCUUCCCCCUCGCUGGUGACCUGCGCUGAGACAGGAGCCGUUCUCGGCUUAUCAGUGGAGGGAGCUGUGAUGUACGUCCUAAGGGCCUUAGAGGGAUCAGUAUCUGCCGAGUUAGCAACUUUGGAGUGGGUUUUGAGUGGAAGUUCCUAUGAAUCCAACGGAAUCAACAGACCAUUAGUCUUGAACCGUCCCAAGAUUUGUGACCCCAGCUCGACCGAGUUUGUGCAGACGUUUCUCUCGUGUUUUUCCUGCGUGAUGAACCCACUGGUACUGGUGCGGCUGCUGCUGCACCGACUCCUCACCACGGCCACCCACCUGCAGAGGUGGAAGAGCUGUGCAUCCAGGUCAAGCUUCGCUUCAGCACCGGAUCCACCGAAGAGUCCGAGAAGCAGAGCCUCUUCCACCGACACGGAGCCGAGCACCCUCAGGAAAAGGAGAAAGGUCAACUUGACCCUUGACUGCAUUGUGAGUGGGGAUGGGGACGAGGAGCAGGCGGCCUGUUCGUCGUCCUUGCACGUUACGAAACGGCCCUUGCCGCGGCAGGAAAAGGCCCUGGUGCCCAGGGACAGUUUCGGCAGCGCCACCGCACUUGAACCUGCUAUUGCCAGCACCACUCUGUUCGCAUUCUCGCACGUCUUCCAGUCAGCGGCUUCACGGGAGAGCCUGACAGAUUUCGGCAGCGCCGUGGCGGCGGCUGCGGCGGCCACUGUGACGGCCAUCGCGGCGGCCAGCGCGUCAAGCAGCAAGUCGAACACGCCAAACGGCUCACCGACGCUGGCCCCUGGUGGCGUAAAGCGCUCUUUUCGCUUCUCAUCUAUGAAAAAGCGGCGUUCCAAAUCGCACGCAAACAUCGCGCCGCCACCAGCCAAGCUGCUGCUGCAGCAGCAACAGAGCAGGGAGCGCUCAAAGGAGAGCAAACAGCGCUGCGAGAACCCCGAGCAGGAGAUUUUAGCAUUUCAAAGACAGUUGCAAAAUCUGCCCGACUUUGAUUCGCCUGAGCACCCGGGACCACACGAUUUAGCUGAUAUUUUAGCCUCAGGUGGUUGGGCAGCGCGUCCUUUUUUACGGCCUAGGUCUCGUUCCGUGCCCCGCGUCACCCCGGAAGGAGCGAGAUUUCUCACCCUACCCGAGAUGCCGUGGGGCUGCGGAGGCGGAAUCACGCACACCGGGGGCUCGUUGCGACUUCCGCGGGGCCGUUCUGCUGGGGCCCUCGGACUGGACAGGACACCCAGUCCAGCCACGACGCCCGUGGAGGAGAGGGCGGGGUCGCAGCCGCCUAUGGGCACGGCCAGCAGGAAGAGCAGUUUGACGCCAUCGGACAGAUCGGGUGGGCGCCGCAGGGACAGCCCCGCAUGCAUGCUGCUUGAGGUGCCGCCAUGGCACAAGGCCAUACUCAGUUUUAUUGAGGAAUGGCUGCGUGUUUCUCGCGUUGAAUUGUCGUGCCACCCGCCGCUGUGCAAAGAGCUCAGAGAUUUUCUGGUCAAAGUGUCAGCCUGCGGAGUUCCCUACCAGCAGUGGAGCUGCGAACUGCGCCAAGAAUUCCCCUCUCUGAUGCGAGAUCCAGACCAAGAGGCGAAGGAUGACCAAGAGGAGACUGACUCUGAGUACAUUGCUUUAAGACGACAAGUGGUAAGUGGUGAUUUGCCAUGCAGCAAAGAAGAAGCGGCCGCCUUGGCGGGAAUUCAGCUCCGUUUGGAAGAGUCAUGGGGCAAACACUUCGAAGGUUCCUCGCACGCUCAUCCACCGUCGUCGCCACAAGAAAUGUCUUCGAGCCUCAAGCCGAUAUCAGAGGACAAGGAGAGUCUGUUGCUGCACGUGCCAAGUUUUGGGACGGCGCGGUGCGUCAGCCCCCUGACGGAGGAGACAGAGGGCAGCGACAACGAACAAGACUCGACGGCGCCCUCGGACUCGUCCAAACGGAAGGGGGUGACCAGCCUGCGGCUGCAGGGCCAAAUGAAGACAACCAGCCUGCUGCGGCGGUGCUACCCUUCCAGCUCCACCCAGGCGCCCUUUCUCACCGCCCGCAGGCUCGAGGACUGCUUGCCCCCGUGCUACCACUGCGCCAAAACGAUGCCAAAACUCAUAAAGGAACAAAAACGGAAGCUUUUCCACACUUCAGUCUACGAGUCGGAGGUGCAGCUGAAGAAGUUGUACAUUCAGACGUGCAAACGAUUGCCCUGCUAUGGCUGCAAAGUGUACCAAGUCAAGGAACUGCUCAGGGGCAAAACCAAAAAGAAGCUCUCAAAUAUUUUCCAGACUGCUCGGCUGCUCGGUUUAGGGCCGGAGAAAAUCGUUCUACUCGACACAAAGACUAAGAUUCUUGCCAAAGCUCAAAACACAAUUGAUCUUUUACAGUGGAGAACAGGAGGAGGUCGUUCUCAUGACAGACUACAGUUGGAAUUCCGAGGAUCAAGGUGGCAACUGGCUGUGCCCUCUCCUUCCACGAUGCGUGAGGUUGGCCUGGCGCUAUGGGAGAUUUUACAGGAACUCGACCACAGCUCCACGUCAUUCUUGGACAACGUCUCCUUGCUAUUUCCCCCCUCCCCAACCAGGAGAACCAAGGCUGAGCCAAGUGCGGCAACAGUGAAGAGAUCUCUACAUACCCUCCAGGUGCCGGUGGUGUACGCGAGCGAGCUGGAGGCGCUCUACCGGCUGCUGCACUUCCCCGAGGAGGUGGCCCUCCGACUGACCGCCACCGAGCACCACCUCUUUUACCAGGUGCCACCCAUUGACUACCUUCGCCAGGUCACCCUCGACCUCGCCACCAGCGGCAACACAGCUGUCCCGCCCGACGAUGUGACCUUUGGCGUGGCCGGGGUGGCCGCCGCGGCCGCGGCCAACACGGCCGCCGCCUCCGCCACUCCCGCGCGGCCCUCGGUGCGGGAUCUCAUCAAAAGAUUCAAUGAGGUCAGCUCUUGGGUAACGCACUUGAUAAUAUCUCAGCCCACGCACGAAGACCGCAAGGCAGUGUUGUCGUGCAUCCUGCGCGUGGCACUGUCGUGCUGGAACAUGGCAAAUUUCAACGGCGCCAUGGAGAUCGUUGCCGGUCUCAAGUCGAAGAAGCUGAAGCCAUUUUGGUUGUCAAUCACCGAGAAAGAGUCGGUGCCCGUGCUGGACUUCCUGUCGGCGGCCCUCAUGUCAGCCGAAUACGAACGUGCCCUGGGUAGGGCGCUGGCCAUGCCCGAGUGCAGGGUGGUGCCCUUUUUCGGUGCUUUCUUGCGCGAGCUCCGCGAGAUCGUCUCCAACACGCCCAGCUUGGUGGUGCUGGCACCGCCGGGCGCUGGUGAAGCGGCCAGACUCGAGCUCAGCAAAGGGACGCGACGAAGACCGAGUUCUCGGCGCCAGAGUUCGGGCAGCAACAGCGGCACGUAUCCGCCCCAAACGAUUAGAACUGGAGGAACCAGGCAAAUGUUCAUCUCCGACUACAACGGUGAGGACCACUUUUUCACGCGGAUCGGCCCUGGCGGCCUCAUCAAUCUGGACAAAGUAUACAGAACGCAGGCUGUGAUGGACAGGAUCGCGUCCUUCCACCAACACUUUCACGCGCGAACCAGAAAUGAAAUCUCAAGGGAGCCAGUCAGUAUCCACUCGUCAAAUAUCGAGCGUUCGUACUUGGUGCACGAAAACGAGGAGCACGAUUACCGGCUCGACUUGGACAACUACAAGCCGGUGCAAACCCUCUACCACGACCACGGCGUCAGCUUCUUCCCGAUUUCGGCGCCUCACUCCGGCCUGGACCACCACGUACUGCAGGUGAUGCAUCACGGCAGCACUGCUGUCCACUACGAGACUGACGGUUCCCGCUCUGCCUUGGUGUACAUGCGUCUGGAGCGCAACUGCUCCACCCUGACCUGGACGCGGCCUUGCUGGAGCGGCCUGCGCGGCGCCGGAGCCGGGGGCAGCCAGCCAGACUACUGCCUCUCCGCCAACCCUGAAGAGAUCAUCUCCCCUAGCUUGGCCAUGAAGUUCGCGGCCAGCGCUGGAGGCGGCGGCGGCGGCGGAGGAGGAGGCGGAGCAGGAGGCGUCAGCGGCGCGGGCACCAGCCAGGGCGAGGUGGCCAUCGCCGGCCUCGAGGAGGGCUUCCUCGAGCUCACCUCGGUCAAGGAGAUCGUUCUCGGUGGCGGGGGAAAGGACAAGGAUCCUGACAUCGCCUCCACGGCAAGACGGUUCGGCCUUGAGAAAUUCCACGGCUCAGAAAACUGCUUGGCCUUAGUCUACGGUGCUAACCUCAGUGACAACCGAGUGCUAAUGUUCCUAUGCCCACCGUUAAUGUGCAAAGUGUGGUACCAAGGCUUGUGUUGGGUGGUACGAGGCCUAAAGAGGCAAAUGCAGCUGACUGAUCGACGGAUCCUGUGGCUGAAGGAGCAGUACCUGCAGCUUUUCUUUGAUGAGAUGUGCGGAGGGCCAAUGACUGCUGACGCUAUCAGAGUUUUUGGAGGUCGAGACUGGACAUUGGCCGGAAACAUAGCCGGAAUGUCUCCACCAGACAACGGAACACUAAAACGUGGCCAGUCAACGAAGUUCAGAAAGAAGAAAUCAAUCACAAACAUUCAAAAUAUCAAAGACAUUGGCAUGAAACCACAAGACUUUGGCCGAGAUGGUAUCAUCCUUUCCGCUUCACGAAGGUCAGUGACGUCUGCAAACCCACCAAGAUCAAGAUCGAUUUCCAGCGAAAUCGACACUAAUAGGUCCUCCGUGUUGGCUGCCGUUCAAAAUGCGGCCAGCACCACGCCUUCAGGCUCCUCCGAACACUUGGACAACUUUUAUCCCAGCACCUCUACAAAUUAUUCCGUGCUGCAGCGCGAGAAAAAGGCUGCCGGUAGUGACUACUUGCAAAUCCGCCAAUUCAGGGCUGGCUCCAUCACAAACGAGACUCAGCUAGAUUUUAUUGAUUUCGUCAACCUCUUCCGAUCGUUCAGUUUGCGCCUAAGGAAAGACUUGAGAGAACUUUUUGAGCAAUUUGCAACAGUCUGCAGAACAACUUCUGAUGGAUCACUUAGUGACAGUAGCCAUAAAAACUCUCCAGAGCAUUUAACACUGAACAAACAGAAAAUUGGCCUCUUAACAAGAAAUAGUUCCAAUGACUUAUUGGACAAGGGACUGAGCAACAAGAAAAAAAUCUUUGACGCCAUUGCUGCCGCCAGCAUCGUCAGCAAUUGUGCCGGAGUGGACACCAGCAAGAGCCAAGUUAUCACUCUUGCGAGUUUCUGCAAAUUUCUCGAGACCAAGCAGAUGGAGCAGCACUCUGAGGAGGAAGUCAAAGCCCUGAUCCAAAGACACGAACCAGACCCCUUGCUGAGGGCGCAAAACAACCUGUCCUUCGAAGGGUUUGCUCGCUACCUCAUGGACAAAGACAACUACGCCUUUGUCAGUGAACGGGUCGCACCUGAUGAGACUGAAAUGGACCAAAGUUUGUCACACUACUUUAUUGCUUCGUCGCACAACACGUACCUCACUGGGCAUCAGCUAAAAGGAGAGUCCUCUGUUGAGCUUUAUAGCCAGGUGCUUCUCACUGGAUGUCGAUGUGUAGAACUUGACUGCUGGGAUGGCGACGACGGCUCUCCCCUAAUCUACCACGGACACACAUUUACUACGAAAAUUCCAUUUAGGUCUGUGGUCGAGGCCAUAAACAGAUCCGCAUUUGUCACCUCCCCGUAUCCUGUGAUUCUCAGCAUCGAAAAUCACUGUUCAGUCCAACAGCAAGCCAGAAUGGCACACAUUUUCCAGUCUGUGUUUGGUGACAAGUUGAUCACAAAGUUCCUGUUUGAGACUGACUUCAGUGACGAGCCGUGUCUUCCAUCCCCGGCACAGCUCAAACACCGAAUUUUAAUCAAGAACAAAAAACUGAUGACUGACAUUCAAAUGGCACCAAGGGGAACAUCUAGGCAGGGCGCAUUUCCCAACGUGAAUAAGGCUGCGUCCGGCAGGGCUUCCAGCAUAGUCAGCAACACCAGUGGUGGCUCUGUCAAUGACGAGUUUAGCGAAGACGAAGAUGAUGAUGACGAUGAUGAAGACGAAAAUCUUGAUGAAGAUAAGAGUAGUUCUUUAGCUAAAUCCUCCUCGCUGGGACCUCGGACUGACUCAAUAUCAAGCCACGAAGGCGCUGGACUGCGCGACAUGCGCCACUCGCACCCUUCGGUCCCACAAACUGCACUGAGAAGUCAAGAUUGGCUGUUUGAUGAUGAUUUCGGUUCACACAAACCAAAGAAGCAGAGCAGCCAAAUCGCCAAAGAACUGUCCGACAUGAUUAUUUACAUCCAGGCCAUCAAGUUCAGGUCCCUCAACACAAUUAGCCCCAAUAGUUCAGUAAGAAGUCGCAGACCUGCUCCUUCCGGCUCAUCCUCAACAGCUAUUAAAAAGGGCAACAAUACUCCUUCAGGUUUGCCCCAACAAGGCACUUCAGUUCCAGGGACGCCUACCAACACGGGCGCUACGUCGUCAAUCAGCACCUCAAGCGCGUCAUCGUCACUCAUCCUGGCCACCACAAUGCCAAUCGAAUCGAGUCUAAUCCCCGGUUCGCACUCCAGCUUCUCAAAGAGGCCCAACGUGAACCAUCCGUGCUACCAGUGCUCCAGUCUGAACGAAAACUCGGCCAAGAAACUGUGCCGAAAGCAGCCCCUCGCGUUGGUUGCCCACACGGAAACGCAGCUGAUGCGAACUUAUCCUGCAGGGAUGCGCAUAGACUCGUCCAACUUCAAUCCGGUCAUCUUCUGGGCGUUUGGCAUUCAGAUGGUUGCGCUUAAUUAUCAGACUGAGGACGCUGCUCUUCAUCUGAACACAGCAAUGUUUGAGCAAAACGGGCGUUGCGGAUACGUUCGAAAGCCGGCUGUGAUGUGGGACAGGAGUCAUAUGAUGUACAGAAGAUUUAACCCAUGGGACAAAGAAUUUGACGGUCUCCAUUCUGUGCACCUGGUUCUGACGGUUGUGUCUGGACAGUACGUUAGCCAGAGCAACUUCAGCUCAAGUCUAUACGUCGAGGUCGAAGUGAUCGGUAUUCCAGUAGACUGCGCCAAGCAGAAAACCAAAGUCAUCCAGCGUAAUGCCAUCAACCCAAUCUGGAAUGACGCUUUCUUUUUCCAAAUUAUGUUCAGGGAGUUAGCUUUUGUGAGGUUCAGCGUGAUGGACGCCAAUACAAACCAUCUUCUAUCACAACGAGUACUGCCCCUGACCCGGCUUCGUCCCGGUUAUCGACACGUGCGGCUCCGUUCCCCCCAGAACCAGCCUCUGCAGUUGUCCACCCUGUUUGUGUAUUCACGCACUGAGGAAGAGAGUUUGGACUCGAUGGAGAACAGCGAAAUACAGACUCACUUGAGUGGCUCAACUUCCGUGACCGAAAAGGCUCGCAAGGAGAAGGAACAAGCCGAGCUCAUCGAGAGUGUCACUGUGCCGCUCAAGAGAAGAAUGUUCUUCCUCAUGGUGUUUGGUGUGAUCCCCGACGAGCCGUACACAAUAUUGAAGAUAACUCAGGAGAGCACCACGCAGGAGGUGAUCGUGCAGGCCUUGCAGAAGGCCAACCUUGGUGCUGACAAGGCGCAGGACUACAUUUUGGUGGAGGAGGUGGCACGCAGUUGGGAGAAGAAAGAUCGCGACAUGCCCGCCACGCAGAGGGUGCUCGACCUGCAUGAGCGGCCGCUGCAGGCGCAGGCCAGCUGGCAGGGCGAAGGUCGAUUCAUCCUCAAACGCAUGGGCGACGACCCUAGCAGCAGGGCGUGGCUCUCGUCCAUCAGGAGCACGGCCGGCCUCUCCUCAGCCAGAUCGGCCACCGACCUCUCAUCACAACAUGUGGGUCGAAGCUGGGACGACCACGACAACUUCCUGGUGUGCGUCUACAAUGUCUCGCCAGAAAUCCCGUACGCGAUCCUAAAAGUGCCGCUGGGCAGCUCGACUCAGGACGUUUUAGCGCAGGCGCUGGUCAAGGCCAGGCGCCUUGAAGACCCCACCAAGUUUGUGCUGGUUGAGGAGUUGGAAUGGGCUGGAGGCGCUCAGCAGAGCCAGCAACCGCAGAGGAGAAAACAGCAAAGGGUGCUGGCAGAUGAUGAGAACGUGUACGGCACCCAAGCGCACUGGCAAACACUGGGCCGGUUUGUGCUCCGCGAGAGAGGGGAGAUGACCCCUCCGACCGGGCGGCGGAAGACGACUAUGAACCUGCGGACGGCCACCCUGGAGAAGCUGAGCAAGGGUCUGAAAGGCCGGAGCGAGAAGACGGCCGUGCACGAGGUGCUGAGCUACCCGUCGUCGAGCAGGAGCGGCGGAGGUGGCUUCCGGUCGCGGCUCGCCUCCACCAUCGGGGCUGGGGGUGGCAGCGAGGCGAAGGCGGCGGGCACGCCGCCGGGCUUCAAGGAGCGCACCAGGGAGGUGCACUCGGAGGGCGAGACGCUCAGUGACGAAGAGCGCGACGCGAGCGACAUGCGAAACGCUGUGGCGCGACUCAAGAAGGUCUCGCUCAAAAAGUUCAAGGUGUGGAAGUAAAACCCCAACUGCGAUUUUCAUCUUGAAACUUUUCAAGUAAGUUUUUGCCGAACUCAGAGAAACCUUCAUUGUUGAUUUUCACAGAAAUUACUGUUGAUCUAAAAGCUUUAAAGUUACCAUAUUUGAAAUACGGUUGUGUGGAGGCAGUUGUUGUUCCGCUGAAAAUGUUUUCGCAGAGCUUGAAUUUGUGAGGAUACGAUCUAAAUUACACACGAAUAAUAUGUCGUAAAAUAAGUUGAUGUACAUUAUUUUCGUGCAAAAAAUGUCGUUCCUUUCGUUCAGUAUUUUUCUAUGUGGGGUAAAACCAAUUGAUUUGUGUUUGCCUUCAAAUUGAAAAUUUUAUUCGUUGUAAUUAACGUAAUUAAUAUAGAUAUACACGACACACUGUAAAACACCCCGCUUUUGCAGUAAGUCUUGGGAUUAUGAAAAAGAAUGUCGCGCAAAAUUUUUAUCAAUAUAAUAUAUAUAUAUUUAAAUUUCAACAAAUUUCUAGUCAUGGACAAUACUGUGAUAAAACUCGGAGAGAGCAAUCCAUAUACAUACACGCGCGCGUUUUGCUCUUAAAUAAUUAUGCAUUGAGACACGCACAUUAAGUGUAUUUUAAGUAAAACAAAACUAUACACUGAUUGGAUACCAUUCAACAUUCAAAUCAAGAAUAAUAUGUAUUAUCUCAAAUGGCGCACACCUCAGUAAAAUACGCAUCGUUUAUUGUUAAAAUAAAAUGUUAUAUUGGUUGAAAGAUGUCCAUAAUGGAAAAUAUCGCGCUGAAGUAUCAUCAGAGAAUUAAAUUGUUUAUAUUUAUACAUUAGCAGCUCGUUCGACAGACGACUCUCUAUUUCUCACUCUUCUAACAAAAGGAAACCUAUCAUUGUUGGUACAUAAAAUCAAACUAUAUAAUUCAAAGAAAUAAAAAUUAAUAUAAAAGUAUUAGCAGACAAAGGUAAGAAAUAUGAUAAUAUAAUAUCUAAGUGUUUUAUGAUUAGACCUCUCAGGCAGCCGCGCCUGCCCAAAAUUUCAAGCCUACAGCCGCCACGACACUUUUGAUAGCGAAGUGUAGCGCAUGAACGGCCUUUAAUAUUCGAUUGUGAACGAGCCUAUGCGGCGUUUACCGUGAGAGCCAUGCCAAAAGACAGCAGCUGAGAGGUCUAGAUUUGUAAUGUACAAAUUUACAUGAAUUACCAAGCCAAAAGGUAUUAAUUGACGAGAUCACAAAGCUAUUUAUUUCACAAUCAACAAAAGGAGGAGAAUACUUUCGUGCAGAGAAUUAUUGCUUUUUACUGACUGAUGCAAGCAAGAUAUUGCGAUGAAAUUCGGCACUUGGAAUUCAGAGCGUGUUUGGUGCCCCUCGACUUAGGUUCAAAAUCUAUUUUCUACAAAACUGCAUAUUUUUACCAAUCGUUUGACAAGAGUUAAUCUGGAUUCGACUCGAAAAAUUUUACAUUUAGAUUUCAGUUCUUCUAAAAAUGACAAAAAGAAUUAUGUAGUAAAAUGUAUGAACGAUAAUAUUCUUAAAUAUAAAACGAGAAUCUUUGUCUUUACUCUCAGAAAAAUGACCAAUAUAACCCCAAGUUUUAUAUGAAUACUUAGCGUAUCAUUAAGUUUUGCAUGGAGAAUAUUUUGAACGUAACCUCUGUCACUUGACUCUUGCGGAGAGAUGAAUGGAAAAAAGUUGACACGUAAUAAUGAAUCGUCUAAGUUCAGUUCCGAUUAAAAUUCUCUCUAACCGGCUACAUAAUCCGUAUAUUUUUAUUGAGUGUUGAGCUUUCAACUCAUUUUCCAUCGCUUAUUACGCGAAAAAAAAAAUAAAAACGGAAAUUCACGCAAAGUAACAACAGCUCCAGGCAAAUGAGCUCUUUCCAUAUCAGUGUGUCUCAUUGUUGUGAAUAAUCUGUAAAUAAUUUUCCACUUUUAUACAUACAUACAUAUUGUUGUGAUUACUGUAAAACCCAAGAUAUAUGACGAUAACAAUUAUACUAAAAUAAUAUUAUUGUACUUCCACGCUUUCGCCACUUUUAUUUUGAAUUUGCCUUAAGUUGAAAAUCUCUUCUAAAAUGCUAAAUGACACGGCAGUUGUUUAUGCUGUUAAAUUAAGAAACGAUAAAUUUUUGUGACAUUAAAAGUGGAACGAGCAAGUGUGUUCAACCGAGAUUUGUCUCUUGAAGUCUUGAAGGAAAACAACUUUUGAGCGCCCCAAAGGUCUAACGCGUCUCUUUGGACCUCGUCGUUGUAGUGAUCAUGUUGAUGAAAAUAUCAAAACCCCAUUGAAAGGGAACUGUUAUUUGACCAUGCAUUGGAAAAGGUUUCAGGCUUGUCAGAAAAUACACCUGUUCAAGUUGUAAAACGAAAACUGAACGUAAUUUCCAAGAAUAAAUCUCACUUUAUACUAGUUUUAAA